UCAUGUCAGUGUCGGAAGGAGAUGAAGAAGAGGAAGAAACUGAAGAACUUGUGAGCCAGGUUCUUGACGAAAUUGGAAUCGACAUUGAUCAGCAGCUCCUCAAGGCACCCUCAUCUGCAGUGGCUGCACCAGCUGCGACAAACAAGGUUGCCCAGGCUGAAGCAACAGGGAAUGAAGACUGCGGCAUAGAUAAUGACUUGCAGGCCAGGCUAGAUAAUCUCAGAAAGAUGUAGUCUUCUCAUCCUGUCAUCACAUGAGGUGCUAUGCAGCAAUAUAAAUGAAAGUGGUAGCUUGGGCCAUGUAAUAUUAGGGAAAUCGUGCCUGCUUUUGCUUGCUGAGUGCUUGAAAUUGACGGAUUUAAUAAAAUCACAUCUCGUGCUGCUUAAUGUGUCAUUUUAGUGAAUAUAUAUAUAUAUAUACUGAUGCAUAUAUUUGUUCCGGUUUAUGUAAGCUUAAUGAGAACCAUGCUACUCCUGUAUCUGGAGUAUUAUUGUAGGCA